AUGGAAGUCACACAGAUCUUUAUAUAUCCAAUCAAGUCGUUACGUGGAGUGGCAGUGGAGAAGGCGACAAUCACCAAAUACGGCUUCUUGUACGAUCGCUGCUACAUGUUAAUCAGAGAGGACAUAACGGCUGCCAACGUCCAAAAGAAGCAUGGCAGCAUGCUCGUCGGCCUGAUCCCAGAGAUGGCUCUCUUCACAACUGCCAUCGAGCUACCGAGCGACGAGAGUCAAGGACAUGUCACAGUUACUUUCAAUCCCCCUGGUGCAACGUCGUCCAGCCUUGUGGUACCUUUGGUGCCCGAGACAGCAGGACUAGAUCGUCUCGACGUUGAUCUCCAUGGUAGUAAAACUUCAGCGUACGAUAUGGGGGACAAGUACGGAAAGUGGUUUUCAGAACGGUUUGGCUACGGCGUCAAACUUGCUGCCGUCGGCGAACAUGAGCGAGACAUUUUGUUUCCGGGCUUUCCCUUCCAGCAACCGUCGACGUCGUCAUGGCUUGCUAGCCUCGCGCGGAGCAUUCCAGUAGUCGGAGGUCUCAUCGGGAGCCAGGAACCGCGACUCAAGUUCCAAGACUGUGCGCCGUUCCUGGUAUGCACGGAGAAAAGUUGCGACGCAGUUUCCGACCUACUUUCCGACGCUGCAAAGUUCGACAUUCGCAAAACGCGACCUAACAUCGUUGUUUCAGGACAGCAGGCGUGGGAGGAGGACUUCUGGGGCGAGAUCGUUAUAGCCGAGGGCGAUUCAGAAGUCAAGAUACCUUUGCAACAUAACUGCUUGCGAUGUCAAAGCUUGAAUGUCGAUUUUGCUACGGGCCAGUACAGCAAGGAGAAGAACGUCGAAGUUCUGAAGUUGCUACAGAAAUAUAGAAGGGUUGACGCUGCCAAGAAGUACAAUGCGGUCUUUGGAAGAUACGGAUUUAUCACGCCAGCUGACGUAGGCAAGGAGAUUAAGGUUGGGGAUGUGGUGGUUGUGUCCAAAAAGAAUGCGCAAAGAUCAGGAUUUGGUAUCAAUCACAGCCCUCGUAGCUUGAACCAAGCUAACACGCAACAGAUUGGCCAGGCUUGUAGACACGUCAGAGAGUGGAUUGUACAUGUUUUCUUGCGAUCUGUCAAGGCUAUGGAGACAAUUGGACUGCUUAAUGUCAGGAUAGCAGCUUAUCACUUCCUUGGAAACGUGACACAUGAUUGA